AUGAUUAAAGCCAUCUUGAUAUUUAACAACCAUGGAAAACCGCGGCUGAUCAGAUUCUAUCAAUAUUUUGCUGAGGACAUGCAGCAGCAGAUCAUUCGGGAGACUUUCCAUUUGGUGUCUAAGAGAGACGACAAUGUCUGCAACUUCUUGGAGGGUGGAAGUCUCAUUGGUGGCUCCGAUUACAAGCUGAUCUACCGGCACUAUGCAACCCUCUACUUUGUCUUCUGUGUGGACUCAUCUGAGAGCGAGCUUGGCAUCCUGGACCUGAUCCAGGUGUUUGUGGAAACGCUGGAUAAAUGCUUUGAAAAUGUCUGUGAGCUGGACCUCAUAUUCCACAUGGACAAGGUUCAUUACAUCUUGCAGGAGGUGGUGAUGGGAGGCAUGGUGCUGGAGACCAACAUGAAUGAGAUCGUAGCUCAGGUGGAGGUGCAGAACCGCAUGGAGAAGUCCGAGGGAGGUCUAUCAGCGGCCCCUGCUCGCGCCGUCUCUGCUGUGAAGAACAUGAACCUGCCCGAGAUUCCCCGCAACAUCAACAUCGGAGACAUCAAUAUCAAAGUGCCAAGCCUCUCCCCGUUCUGAGAAGCAUCCCAGCUGAGCUCUGCAGGGCUGAAGUGCUACUGGUGUCUCCACUUCUCUGCUGUCGCCCUCCACCUAGCUCUAUAGUUGAGACAGAGAAAACUGAUUUCAUAUAUGUACUAUAGAACCACAGCAGCUUACUCUCCCCCUCAUUCCAGUGUUUUCUCAUGUACGGGAGAUAAGCUGUGGUUUAUUUUUGAGUUCUGCUGUAUGCAAGUUACAGAUUACUCCAGUUGAAGGAUUUGCACAAUAAUGUAAAGUUUGAUUCUGUAAAGCAUCCAGAGUAAUAUUAAUAUCUAUAAAUGUCCUGCUGUUCUGUCUGUGUUUUGUAGUUCUGUAGUUGAUUUCCUGCUCUUUCCAGAUGAAAGUGACUGUGUUGACUUAGUGCGUAUUUUCCUGCACGGCUCUUCUAAAUCUCUGACAUUCAUCACCGGUUGCUCUGCCUGAGUUUUGAAAGUGUUCCCUCCUGUCUGAUGUGAGUUUUUGGACUGAGUACAGGUCACUGUAAUAUAAUCCUUUGGAUAUCAUUACUUACACACAUCUUUAUCUCCUGUUCCAAGUCUGUGCUCAUACAGGCCGGAUGGGAUUAGAUUCCUCCAGUUGGUUCUUGUCACAAUUUAUUUUCCCCUUCUCUGUAAUGUAUUGUGUCUGUGACAACUGUGUGAUUUGAGAAUAAUAUUGUUCUCCUGGGUGCAGAUUGUGCUCAGUAUGGAAAAUGUAAUUCUAGUUUUAAUGUGUUGCCAUAGGAUCUGCCCAACCUAUGUUCAUAGAAGCAACAGACUAAUGUUGACCUUUUUUUUUUUCUAUAAAGUGUGUUUGUGUCUUAUUGGCUGUAUUUGGCGGCCUGAUAGACUCAGAGCCAGACGGGCAUCUAAGCCAUACUCUUCUGGUAGAGUUUAACCAUAUAGUCCUGUCAAGCGUCUCAAGGAAAAAAAUAUGUCUCGGUGUCAAAGACAUUCCUUGCCAACAAAUUAAAUAAAUGAAAAUACAAAUCA